UUUGUGGAAGGGAAUCAACUGGUUCUGCGAUGGAUCACAGAUUGCGCACGAGACGGGUCCCAGUCGCCACACAGGUGGCUCGAUGUUGUUUCACAAUAUCCAGGCACUAAAACACCGCUAACAGAGUUAUUUCUUGAGUAUCUAUUUAGAUUUGGUGAGAGUGUGACACACUGACCAACAGUGAUGGAGAACUAUGUGAAGGGGGAGACGCGGGAAGUGGAGGAGCCCGCACCAUUCUCGGCCCUCCAUGACAACGUGGUGGAGAUGAGAGUCAGUGCAGGCAGCAAGAUCAGAAAUAUCAUGGGAUAUGCUAUCAAGAGGAUGAAGGAGCCUGAUGUGAAGCAGAUCACAUGGAAUGGGUCAGGCCAUGCCGUCAACAAGACCAUCUCCUGUGCUGAGAUCAUGAAGAGGAAGAUCAAGGGUUUGCAUCAGAUAACCAAGAUAAGAUUCCGAAGGAUAGAAGAAUUUUGGGAACCUAAGAUGGAAGGCUUGGAAAGGUUGAAGGUGAAUCGAGACAUCCCUGCUAUCUCAAUCCUUCUGUCCAGGGAGCCAGUCAACACCAGCCAGCCCGGAUACCAGGCUCCCGGGUCUCAAGAUGCAGCAUGGCUAGAUCGGCCCCAAGAUAAGAAAGGAACCAAACACAAGCCAGGAGGACCGCCAGCCGGCAACACAGGUCAGAAGAGGAAGAGGAAACUCAGGAAAGACAAACCAGACAACCAAAAUGUUAAGAAUGCUGAAAAAAAACUGGACACACGUGCUUCAAGUGCAGCAAGCUAGCUCCUGCUGUCUUAUAGAUCCGUGGACAGAACAGACAGACUCAUCCUAAUUCUUGUUCCCUGGUGAACAAUUGAUUGGGUGCUAAAUGACACAUUGCUCCCAACAUUUGUGGUGGUGAAAAAUCCAUUGUGAGGCUCUUGAUGACAGACAGAUCUCAAUAUAUGUCCCUGGUGAACAGCUGAUUCAAGGGACGCAUGACAAAAGCCAGCACCUAACACCUUGUCCUGGUGGACAGUUGAUUCUGAGGUGCUCCAUGGCACACAGCCCCCAACAUUUGUGCUGGGCCUGGCACAGACUGAUCCCAAUUUCUUGCUGACUUCAGGGGUUCUAAGGGAAGUACUGCUGAGAUAUUCAGGCAUGAAAUGUGUUGGUAACUGGGACAGUGGUCGUCAUGUUUUUGUUUUGUUCGUUUGUAGUUUAACGCCGCACUCAGCAAUAUUCCAGCUAUAUGACGGCGGUCCGUAAAUAAUCGAGUCUGGACCAGACAAUACAGUGAUUGACAUCAUGAGGAUCAAUCCACGCAAUUGGGAUACAAUGUCAUGCAUCAACCACCCGAUCCCGUUAAAAACCUCUUAUCCCAAGCAAAGUGUCCUUUUGCAGCAAGCAUGGGUUACUGAAGACCCGUUCUACCCCGAAUCUUCAUCGGUAGGUCGUUAUGUAAGGCAAUUCGCUAUGCAGUUUGCUUCCCUUAACUACACCAAUUAACGUGGGUUCAAAUCCCAGAUCCAACAUUAUUCUGAUGCUUGGCUGUACCUAUGUUCACCAAAUUGUGUUGGUAUCACAACAGUUGUAAGCAUCGAAGACCAGCAUCACAAUAGUUUCUCCCACAUUAAGCUGACAUCAUGAUAUGAUUGACAUACUAUGUAUUACUCUGUGAAAGAGGCAGUAGUUAAGACUCCCUUUGUUUUUACCAAUAAGUUCAGUGACGUCACAAGCCAGACAUAUACAUGCAUGCAUGUUUGAUAAAGUUACUAUGGAUAUGCAAUACAGAUUUGAAAUCGA